CCCAUACGCUCACGCUUUCCAUUCCCAUACUCCUUUUUUCAUCGCUCAUAUCCCAAAUUCCCAAUCCCCCAUUUCUCAUCCGCCGCCGCAUAACCAUCCCAAAUGCCCCUUCAAGAUUCCGCCGCCGCGAGCGGCGACUCGCUUCCCCACCCACCACCGCCGCCGAAGCCAGAGGGUAAACUCCUCUCUCUGCUUCUCAAGGUUGCCGUCAUGAUCUUCUUUACCACCCUCUUCUUCGUCUUCCUCGGCCUCGCCACUGCCCUCCUCCUCUUCCACCUCUGCAUCGCCAGCGCCCUCCAUCGCCGCCGUGCCCAAUACCCCGAUUCCUCAUCUGGGUUCUCCCGUCGUGACCUCAAAAAGCUCCUCCAGUUCCAAUUCUCUAAUGGGGUCAAUCCCCAUUCCCAAAUUGAUUGCUCUAUUUGUCUCGAUGGGUUUAGAAAGGGCCAGUGGUGUAGAAAACUUGGUGGGUGUGGCCAUGUUUAUCACCGGAAAUGCAUCGAUUCGUGGUUAGUUAGGGUUUCUACUUGCCCCCUUUGCCGCCGCUGCGUUCGAUUGGAUAUGGAAGAACAUAAAAUUAAUUGUGUAAGCUCUCGCAACUAUGAGAUUUUGUAUGCUCUGUAACCAUAACUCUUGUUUAGUUUCUUCUUGUUUUGGCUCUUUCCCCCCCUUAUAGAUGUAUAUAAUAAGGUUUCUAUUUGUUGGUUCUGAUAUUGCUCUGUUUUCUCUGUUUCUACGAUGCUUUUGCUUUUGGUUCUUGUUUUUGUUCAUUACUUUUGAGAUUCCUUUU